AGGGGGGACCGGUAUAAAGCGGCAGGCGCCGGUGCCGCUCCACCUCACACGCAGCGCCGGCCUGGGUGCGUCCUGCCCCCUCCCCACCCAGCUCACCACCGCCAUGCCACCAGGCAUGGACAUCCGGUCCCCUUUCUUCUUGCUGCUACUGCUCCCAGGGAUUACAGGCCAGAUUGUCAGUUCCACCACGUCUCCAGCCACCAGCCCCGUCCACGAAGUCACCUCUGCCCCGGCCACCAGCCCCACGUCGGUCUCAGCCACCAGUCCCGUCCACGAAGUCACCUCUGCCCCAGCCACAAGCCCUGCAUCAGACUUGGCCACCAGCCCUGUCCAUGAAGUCACCUCUGCCCCUGCCACCAGCCCCACAUCGGUCUCAACCACCUCCCCCGUCCACGAAGUCACCUCUGCCCCGGCCACCAGCCCGUCGGUCUCAGCCACCAGCCCUGUCCACGAAGUCACCUCUGCCCCGGCCACCAGCCCGUCAGUCUCAGCCACCAGCCCCGUCCACGAAGUUACCUCUGCCCCAGCCACCAGCUCCACGUCAGUCUCAGAUACCAGCCCCGUCCACGAAGUCACCUCAGCUUCAGCCACCAGCCCCGUCCACGAAGUCACCUCGGCCCUGACCACCAGCCCCACGUCGGUCUCAGCCACCUCCCCCAUCCACGAAGUCACCUCUGCCCCAGCCACCAGCCCGUCGGUCUCAGCCACCAGCCCUGUCCACGAAGUCACCUCUGCCCCCGCCACCAGCCCCACGUCGGUCUCAGCCACCAGCCCCGUCCACGAAGUCACCUCUGCCCCGGCCACCAGCCCAUCGGUCUCAGCCGCCAGCCCCGUCCACGAAGUCACCUCUGCCCCGGCCACCAGCUCCACGUCAGUCUCAGAUACCAGCCCCGUCCACGAAGUCACCUCAGCUUCAGCCACCAGCCCCGUCCACGAAGUCACCUCAGCCCUGACCACCAGCCCCACGUCGGUCUCAGCCACCUCCCCCAUCCACGAAGUCACCUCUGCCCCAGCCACCAGCCCGUCGGUCUCAGCCACCAGCCCUGUCCACGAAGUCACCUCUGCCCCGGCCACCAGCCCGUCGGUCUCAGCCACCAGCCCCGUCCACGAAGUCACCUCUGCCCCGGCCACCAGCCCCACGUCGGUCUCAGCCACCUCCCCCGUUCACGAAGUCACCUCGGCCCCGGCCACCAGCCCCACGUCGGUCUCAGAUACCAGCCCCGUCCAUGAAGUCACCUCGGCCCUGACCACCAGCCCCACGUCGGUCUCAGCCACCAGCCCCGUCCACGAAGUUACCUCUGCCCCGGCCACCAGCCCCACGUCGGUCUCAGCCACCAGCCCCGUCCAUGAAGUCACCUCGGCCCCGGCCACCAGCCCCACGUCGGUCUCAGCCACCUCCCCCGUCCACGAAGUCACCUCUGCCCUGGCCACCACCAUGCCAGUUGGCACUCUGAGCACACCAUCUUCGGUUCCCAGCCACACUGGCACUCCCACCACCCUUCCCAGCCCCAGCCACAGCACGGGUUCUCCUGUCACCACUUCGACUCAGAGCACUGCUCCCCAGGUGUCUGCUGGUUUGUCUUUCUUCUUCCUGUCUUUUUACAUCACCAACCUGCAGUUCAAUUCUUCCCUGGAGGAUCCAAGCAGCAAGUACUAUCAAGAGCUGCAGAGGAAUGUUUCGGCACUGAUUUCACAGAUCUAUGGACAGAAGAACUUCCUGGGCCUCUCUGGUAUCAGGUUCAGGCCAGGAUCCGUGGUGGUGGACUUGAUUCUGGCCUUCCAGGAGGGCAGCACCAAUGAAGUCACGGUGCAGUCACAGUUUAUUCAGAAUAUACCGCAAGCAGCCAGGUAUAACCUGAACAUUUCAAGAGUCACAGUGCGUGAUGUUCUGUCUCCCUCCUCUGCCCAGUCUGGAGUUCCAGGCUGGGGGAUCGCCCUGCUCGUGCUGGUCUGUGUCCUGCUUGCGCUGGCCAUCAUCUAUUUCAUAGCCCUGGCCGUGUGUCAGUGCCGUCGCAAGAACUGCGGGCAGCUGGAUCUCUUCCCGACCCGGGAUACCUACCACCCCAUGAGUGAGUACCCUACCUACCACACCCACGGCCGCUACGUGCCCCCUGGCAGCACCAGACGGAGCCCAUAUGAGGAGGUAUCUGCGGGCAACGGUGGUAGCGGCCUUUCUUACACGAAUCCAGCAGUGGCAGCCACUUCUGCCAACUUGUAGGGACAUGUCAUUCACCAGGGCCAGCCGUGCCAGCCCCUCCCUCAGAAUCCUCCCUUCCAGAGCCCCUGCACCGUUCUGCGCUGGGAGCCGCCGUCCAGAUGGGCUGCCCACCGCUGGCCCUCCGGCCCCAGCAAGCCCCUCCAUCAUCUCCACCUGGCGACGCUUGUCCCGGCCCCUGGGGGACAGGCCUGGGUGGGGAGGGAGGGUGGCUCUCAUAAGGACUGGCUUGGAAAUCCUGGAUGGGGAUCGAUCCGAUCCGGACUGAAUAAAACGCGCCUCCUGCUGCGCUGA